UAUAGAUAUAGUCACUCCAUCUCCUCUCUUCCAUCUUUACAAAUUUCACUCUGUGCCCCCCAUCUCAAAAACCCUUUCUACGGCAAUGUCUGCUAAAGAACUAGGUGAUAAUCGACCAAACGAAGAAAUGACUGAGAUUAAAGAGUUACUGAAUGUACUCGUUCAAUCUCAAUCUAAACUUGCAGAGUCCCUUGGUGAAGCUCAGAUACAACAAUUAAAAUCUCAAGAAAGUAUUCAAAAUCAGAUACUAGAGCAAGCAAAAUCUCAAGAAAAUAUUCAGAAUCAGAUGCUAGAGGCUCUAUGGAGCAUUAAGAGCACCGGUAAUAAACAUCAAGGUGAUUCUGAUGUUGAUAGUACUGCUGCUCAUGAUGAUGAUGGUGAUAAUGAAGAGCAGUCAUCAGAAGUUGAAGAGCAAAUAUCUCGGGCAACAUAUAAUCCGGAUAUAGGGCGGGAUCUAUACAAUCGAGUAAUGGAAGGAGACUGCGAAAAUACAAUCGAGUUCUUUAAGAACAAUCCUGAAGCUCUUAAGCAAGCAGUAACAAAUGACUCAUAUACAGUAUUACAUGUAGCUAUAUAUGAAAGGAGAGAUAUGAUACUUAUUACAGAAUUUGUGAAACUCAUGUCGCCAGAAUUACUCGAAUGCAGAGGUGGUGAAGAUGAUUGCACGGCACUUCAUCUCGCUGCCCAGUAUGGAAAUUUGGAAGCUGUUGUAUUAUUGGUAAAUAAGAAUCCGAGGUUGCCUCUGCUACGUAAUAAUAGAGGACUUCCACCACUCGACAUGGCUAUUCAGAUUGUUUCAGUUGACCAGAAGGAAAUAGUUAAAUAUCUUUACUCUGUAACUAAAGACGUGGACCCGGGUGCUCAUGGUGCUUAUACUUUGUGCGCAUUAAUUGGUUUCAACUUUUACGAAAUAGCACUCAGCCUUGUUACUAAGUUUCCCAAGGUUGUUAUGACGAAAGCAAAAACAGAUGUAAUUGAUAUGUGUGGAUUGGAGAUGAUGGUUCGAAGGCCUUUUGCAUUUAAAAGUGGCGCUAAGCUGACAUGGUGGCAGGACCUUAUCUAUUCGUCAAUUCAAGUGAAUAUGAAUUCUACAUGUACCCGACCAGUGGGACUGGCCGGAUACACCAUUAGGGAUGAAGAGAACGCUCUGCCAGAUAACUUAAAUUACACAAAAGCAGACGGUAGCUCAAAAGUCUCCUCAUCAGAUAUUUAUAAAGGAAUAAUUAUGUCCUACUUAACACGAGCUAAUGUUGUCAAACGACUAUACAACCAAAAGCUGGUGCACCAACAAGCAACUGCAUUGAUUAAACAAAUGUUAGUGGAGAUCUCUAGGUCAACUACAUUAUUGCAGUUUCUGAACGAUAAUCCAAACAUAAUGAAUAUGGCUAUAAAGCAUGGGAUCAUAGAAUUCAUAGCCGAGUGUCUCGAGCUGAAUGCUAAUCUAAAUUUUGACUGGAUAUCGGGGGAAACUAUGAUAAAAAGAGCUAUUAUAGAGCGGAAUGAAAUGAUAGUGAAUCUCAUAUUUAAAUUCGGUGACAAACUUGGAUUGAAGAUCUAUCUAGCUGCUGGGCUAGAUAAGGACCAAAACACCCUUCUGCAUUAUGCUGCCAAGUUAGCACCUUUAUCUAAACUCAGUUUGGUCUCAGGCGCAGCCCUCCAAAUGCAACGAGAAAUGCAAUGGUUCAAGGGGGUAGAAAGUGUUUUAUGGGAAAGCCAUAGGUACGAAAGAAACAAAACAGGAGAAACAGCUCAACUCAUAUUUACAGCGGAACACAAAGACUUGGUGAAGGAAGGACGGGAUUGGUUGAAAGAUACAUCUGGAUCGUGCAUGAUAGUUGGUGCUUUAAUUGCAACGGUCUCAUUUGCAGCUGCUUUCACUGUUCCAGGAGGUAAUUUCAGUGAUAGCAACAAUCCUAUGGAAGGUACACCGAUUUUUUUGGGAAAGUCCGCAUUUACUGUGUUUGCGGUAUCGGAUGCCUUAGCGUUUUUCUCUUCGAUCACAUCGGUGCUCAUGUUCUUAGCAAUAUAUACUUCGAGAUUUGCAGAGAUAGAUUUUCUAAAGUCUCUUCCACAAAAUUUAAUAUUAGGUCUUGCAACUCUUUUUAUAUCUAUGGCGGCUCUAUUGGUAGGUUUUGGUGCGUCACUGUUUAUAGUGGUUGGGAGCAGAUUUGCACAGGCUUUGAUUCCAAUAACGUUGUUUAGUUGUUGUCCUUUGGGCUUCUUUGCAAUGAUGCAAAUACCAUUGUUUGUUGAAAUGGUUCAUUCUACAUAUUGGGGAAGUCUCUUUAGAGAACAUAGAUAUAUCGAUCUUUCAUCUAUGAAAAAUGACAACAAAUCAAGGAAGAAGAAAAAGGAAAAUUAACAACAAAGAAAGAGAAGAAGAUACAGCCUGCUGGAAGUUGCUCUAAACCAUACCUGUAGAGGAACUUUCUAAGAAGCUCAUUGAAAAGAAAUAGAUCUCUUAAUCACUGUUGUUUCAGUUAGAGAAGCUACAUAAACUAUAUGUUUAACAUAUACGUUGUUUCUCUGUUGAUCGAAUAUCUUUAGCGGCUUAUACAAUUCAGUGUUCAAAUCUGGAGAAUGUCGGUCUUAAAUAAAUAAAUCCAAACAAAUAAU